UUGCACAUUCUAAGUGGGCGUGGCUAUGAUAGAAACGCCACAGGAAAGAGGCGGGCUUUUGUCAAGGUUACGGUUACAACAAUAUGAACUUUUGGCAACAAAAUUACGCAGAGGCAAUGGGUCUUUAAUCGUAAACCCGUCUGGAGGACCUUUGUGGGGGGAUAAGUUGCACUUGCCAUGUUUCCCGCAACAUUGUAGCGUCUACUUGAAAGGUCACCACUCGUACGAUCCUCCAGUCAGCCAAGUAUACUGCUUAAGGUGCUGUAACGACAGUUGUACAAAGAAAUGGAUAAUGGGAUUCUCCAUAGCCACUUUGAGUGUAGUAUAUUUGGGAGCUAAUGCACCCAGAAUCCUAAAAUGCUUGCUUCCUCAAAAACUUUAGCCUGCUUUCUGUGAGUUAGCCUUCCGGAUUGAAGAAGCCUAUUUAUAACAGCUUUGGGUUGCCUGGGUUGUGCUUUGUGAUUGGGCGAAACUGCGGUAUCAGAUAGCCAAUGAAGAAGUAGAAGUUUAAGUGUCGUUUACAUUCGUGUUUGUGACGACACACAAAAAGCAAUCCAAUCCAGAAGGAAAUCUUAUUAACCUCAUUUGAAUACCGUAGCUAUAAAUGAAUGCGGCCUAAUGGGAAUGGGUGGUGAUUACUUCCUCAGGUGUUUGCCUUAGAGCUCUUCGUUACGUUUUUACUUUUUUCUUUCCUUGUUACGCUACAAUGCCUGAACCUACUAAGUCCGCUCCAGCGCCCAAGAAGGGCUCCAAGAAGGCGGUGACCAAGGCGCAGAAGAAGGACGGCAAGAAGCGCAAGCGCAGCCGCAAGGAGAGCUACUCCGUGUACGUGUACAAGGUGCUGAAGCAGGUCCACCCGGACACCGGCAUCUCGUCCAAGGCCAUGGGCAUCAUGAACUCUUUCGUCAACGACAUCUUCGAGCGCAUCGCGGGGGAGGCGUCUCGCCUGGCGCAUUACAACAAGCGCUCGACCAUCACGUCCCGGGAGAUCCAGACGGCCGUGCGCCUGCUGCUGCCCGGGGAGCUGGCCAAGCACGCCGUGUCCGAGGGGACCAAGGCCGUCACCAAGUACACCAGCUCCAAGUAAAUUUAGCAAGACAGAGAUAUGACUACAGAAAAGAAAUGAAUAAUGUCCAUGAAGAUAUGAAUCUGUCCAUGGAAGUUAUGAAGUAUGAAAAGUCAGCCAAAUCCAACCCAUCCUGAUUUACUGCACAUUGAUUCAUCAAGAGAUCAUUCCAAGUGGAAGAGUUCAAGCAAGAUGUUUUAGCUUUUUCAUUUUAUUUGUUGCUUGAUUUAUAAAAAUAGAAUUUACUGCUGUUACAGGCAUACUUACUAAGAAUUCAUUAGUAACCAUGGGCUACGUACUUUUGCUAGAAGUCUGAAAGGAUGGCAGAAAGUUUGUAAACAAAACAUGAUUAAUAAAAUCUGUGGAGAAUUGGAAUUCUACAUUCAUUGUUGAGUCAAAUCUUUCUUCCACAGCUCCCGUUUUCUACACUGUCUGUGCAUCUAUCCGCCUGUCAGUCUUCACAUUUUCUGGCAUCAAGAUCUAAAUGGGUAAGACCCUAAGCACUGUUAUGCCUUCAGAAAUGAUCCUGAAAGUAAAACUUCUUGUUUAGUUAAACCACUGUUUAUUUUUGCCACCUCCUCUAUUUUAAACUAAAGAAGUCUUUGGAGCGGUCGCAAACUUGCUUGUGUGUCAAAAUUACCUGAAGUUCUUUUAAAAAUACAAAUUGCCGAGCAUUACCCUCAUAGUUUCUGAUU